AUGAAAGAAAAAAACAAGAAAGUAGAACAGACAAAUGAGUUUGAAAUAAAAGAAACAUCAAAGAAAGAAGAUGGAAGAAGUGUAUUUGUAAAUAAUUUAUUAACAAGCAUUAACAACAUAAGUAAUUCAAUUGUGUACAAAGACAACAGAUACAUACUUCGUAUGUUAAAAUAUAUAAAAUGUAUGAGAUUAAGCAUAAAGAACGAGAGUAACACAUUGAUGCCAAUUAUGAUAAAUCUGAUUAAUAAAAUGUUUAAGGAAAAUUAUCCUAUAUAUGGAAUAUUAAACAAAUAUAUAAAUGAAUUUAAAGAAUCUGUACCAAAGGAAAUAACUGAGUUUACAAAUAUAAAUGAUAGAACAUAUACACAUGCAGCACCAGAAAUAGAAGUUUUUUUUUAUAUAAUGAUUUUACUAUACCUGUUGGAUGCAAAAUGUUAUGAAGAAGCAAUGCAAUUGUCAACUGUAAUUGUUGACAGAAUAACAAAGGUGAAUAGAAGAUCAUUAGAUUAUAUGAAUGCUAAAAUAUAUUUUUAUUUUUCAUGGGUUCAUGAAUUAGGUGGAAAAUUAUCUCAAGUUAGGCAAAGGUUAUUAAAUAUUUAUAGAAAUGCAUGUCUGCACAGAGAUAUAAUGACACAAACAGUUGUUUUAAACUUAAUUUUAAGAGAUUAUAUAAAACAUAACCUCUAUGAUUUGGCAGUUAAGUUUGUUAGCAAAACUUCAUUUCCAGAAAAUUCCUCUUCAAAUGCACAACAUGCAAGAUAUCUUUUUUACAUUGGAAAAAUAUUAGCAAUUCAGUUAGAUUACAGUGAAGCACAUAGUAAAAUCACACAAGCAAUUAGAAAAGCCCCUCAAAAUAGUCAAAUUGCAAAAGGGUUCAAAUUAGAAGCUACAAAAAUGGAAAUAAUUGUUGAAUUACUCAUGGGUGAUAUUCCAGGUAGAUCUCUUUUUAGCAACAAAAUUAUGAGAAACAAACUUAUCCCCUACAAACACGUCGUUUCAGCUGUCAGAAAUGGAGAUAUUAACAAAUUUGCAAAAGUUAUGAAUGAUUAUAAUGCACUAUUCAUGCGAGAUGGUGUUUAUCUCUUAAUAAAGAGAAUUCACCACAAUGUCAUUAAAACAGCCCUGCGUAUUAUUAACCUUUCUUACUCUCGGAUUUCUAUCAAUGAUAUAGGGAAAAAAAUCGGGGUGGAAUCACCUAUGGACAUCAUAGGAAUAACAGCGAAGGCAAUCCACGAUGGAGUUAUCGAAGCAACUAUCGAUUAUGACACUCAGUGUGUAGAGUCUAAACCAAACAGUGAUGUCUACACAACAGGAGAUCCCAUGAAAGCUUUUCAUAAAAGAAUAGCAUUUUGCUUGCAGUUAUACUCUGAUGCCAUAAAGGCUAUGCAAUAUCCAGAUGAGAAUGAAAAAAAGGGAAAUGAAGAAGCAAAGCAAAGAAAAAUUAGACAACAGGAGGAGCUAGCACAGGCCGAGGAAGGAGAUCUUGGAGAUGAAAAUGACUUGUUGUAA